UGUAAUUAUAUGUGUGGGCGGGUACCCAUGGGGCGGGUUUACCUAAACCCAAACCCGACCCGGUGAAUAGUGUAGCGGGUUUAAACCCGAACCCGGCCCAAAACCCGUCAAUACGUGUUUUACCCGCGUUGACCGGGUUGGGUCGGGUGGAUACCCGUGGGUUCGGGUUUUGUUGCCAUCCCUAGGCACAGGGCGGGCAGAAUUCUUGGGAAAAAGAAAUUGAAAAAGCGGAGCAAAGAAGCAGCAGCGCGCAGCAGGAGCGGAUCAACAAUUGGCGAUCAGUUUUCAGGCGGCUUGAGCUGAGUUCAACGAGAGCGAUUAGUUGGUUGGAUUCUCUGAACCGAACUAGUUGUGUAUUGUUGAUUUAGAACAUGAUGAUCAAAACCCUAAUGUUUUAUCUCAAUUUCGUCAUGAACUAAACCCCAAUUUAUGGGGGAAACACCAUAGGAUGUAGCUAUUUCUUGAUUUGAUGGAUUGAUUCGUAUUUCUUUUCCUCCAAUCUCUAUUGCAUGGAAUUGCUUAAUGCUUUGUGUUGACUGGCCACCAAUACAUUGGUUAGUUGUUAAUUAGGUUAUUAGCGACAGUGAAACCCUAUUAACUGAACCUAUUUCUUGUGACAUAGUAACUUAUCGAAGCGACAGUGGAUUAAAUAAGGUGCUACGCGGUCUUAAAUAGGAUAUCGAUCUUCAAGCUAAAUAGUUAAUUCAUUGAGCUACGACAGUAGGAUUUGAAUUAAUUGUUUAGUACGUAGUAAUUCCCGACAGGGAUAGCUAGCACAUUCAUGAUAUCCUGGCUGUAGAGGUAUGGAUUAAAUUGAUUGGAGUAUGUGAAUUAAAUCAUUUUGCUAGUAGUGAGUCCCGGUGUUUCUCCCAGAGCUUUCUCCCAUUGAUUUAAACCCGACACUUUAAUUUGCUUGUUUAGUUAAUUUUGCUAGUAGUUAAUAAUCUAAUUAAAUCAUUUUCACCUAUAGUUUGCUCUAUUAAAUCGGUAAAUCUUAAGGUUGUACCAGUCCCUGAGAGACGAUACCCGGACUUUCUGGUUUACUAUGAGAUAGGAUUAAGGCAUACGCUUUUGCCCUGUCAAGUUUUUGGCGCCGUUGCCGGGGACUGCCAUACCUUAUUUUUAUUGAUUUUUGUGAGUGAACUAUUUUGAUCUGGGUGUUAGUGUGCAGAAGAAUUUUCAGGUUUGUACUCCUCGUGCAUGCCUAGGAGGACGACCGGCGAUUUACUGCCACUAGAUCCGGAGAUCGAGAAGACCUGCCUACAGAACAGGAAGCAGGUCAAGUUAGGGAAGCAGCCAACCACAACUACUAGGCCUUCCCUAACCCAGAGAGGGCAGGCUUCAUCACCUGUCGUCCCUACACCACCACCACCUCGUGACAUUGAGCCAGACAUCAUGGCAGACGAGGAUUGAUCAAUCAGGGCUCGCUUGAAUCGAAGGACUGGAGCUCGAGCUUCAUGUGUUGUCAUUCCGGCUGGGGAUGCAAACAUGGAGAUUACCCCAGCCUUCAUCAAUAUGAUCACUAAUGGGUACACGUUCUCAGGGGCUAGCACCGAGGAUCCUCAAGAGCAUCUCCGCCGGUUCGCGAGCAUAUGUGAUACCAUGAAGAGUCCCACAGUAUCUGAUGAUGUAAUCCAUCUUCGGAUGUUCUCAUUCUCUCUGAUAGGGAAUGCAUCACACUGGUUUCAGAACUUAACACCACAUUCCAUCACGACAUGGGCUCAGUUUGAGAAGGUCUUUCUGGAUAAAUACUUCCCACCUGCCUUGGCAAUGAAGAGGCAAGAAGAGAUUGUAACUUUUAAGCAGGCUGAUGAUGAGAGUCUGACUGAGGCAUGGGAGCGCUAUAAGGGGCUAUUGAUGAGAUGCCCAAGCCAUGGUCUUGAAGAUUGGAACGUGAUCAUUAUUUUCUUCAAUGGAAUCAGAAGAGAGUUCCGGGAUGCCCUGAAUAAUGCUUCGCGAAAUGGUUUCACAAGAAUGGAAGCACCAGAAGCAUAUGAUCGGGUAGAGAAGAUCUGUUCAGAAGCCACUGAAUGGGGUAGUGAGACCAGUAUUCGAAGGAGAGGAGGCUUGCAUGAGAUAGACAGAGUUGCAAGUUUAGAAGCAAAGAUUGAUGCUAAGCUGGAUUCCAAGUUCGAUGCACUCGAACGAAGGCUGGCUAAGAUGGCUUUUGGUAGACAGGAGGAGGUUGCUUUUUUUGAAUUAUGUGAAGGUGCUCAUCAUAGGGAUCUAUGUCCACUGGUGGCUGAUCAGUUGGAAGAUGUGCACUAUAUCAACAAUCAGCGAAAUCAAGGUCAGGGUGGUAUGUAUUCAAAUACCUACAACCCGCAAUGGAGAAAGCAUCCUAACUUUUCCUGGGCGAACAACAACCCAACUAGUGUUCGAAACAUCCCACCUCCUGGUUUUCAACAGCAGUAGCCUCAACCAGAGAAGAAGCCCCAGCUAGAGGAGUUGAUUUUUGGCUCAUAUGCAGAAAACAGACAAUAAUUUCAAGGGCCUGGA